ACGAGAUCCCGGAAUGUGGGGUCAUGAUUGGCCGACCUUGCAUGUCCCGCAUGCCAGACCCCGGCCGGUCCAGAUUCCCCCAUCCCAAGUUUGGUCUCACUGACACCUCAGCCUGACCCGACUAUUCCGCCGGCUACCGUACCGCCACGUUCCUGCGCCCUCCCUGCCUGGAAGUUUUUAUUACUUUUUGGCUUAUUAUUAGCCCCUGGGGAAUUUUUUUCUCUCUUUCUCUCCCUCUCUCUUUUUGCUUCUGCAGACACAAACCCCCUCUAACAGUCACAGUCUACCUACUACUAUCCCGAACGAAACGAACGAACGAACGAACGACGCACGAUGGCCACCACCUCUAGGAUUUUGACCCGAGCUUUGCCUGCUCUGCGCAUGAUGAGCACGACGGCUGUCAGGAGGAACGCGGCCGUUGCCGGGGCGGUUCCCCUGCCCGCGAGGAAGCCCGUUGGGGCGUUGAGAGGGGGGCUCUUUGGCUUCUUCUUCGGCAGCACCUUGGCCGGCGCGGGCGUGUACUAUUACGCCGUGCAGGAGUACAAGGCUUCGAACGAGCUGCUGACUGAGGAUAUUUACACUCUGCAGCGUUCGGUGGAGAGGUUGAGCGAGUAUAUCACUGCGAUGGAGCAAAAGAUGGAGUUGUUGGAGAAGAAGAAGAGGUAA